AUGAAUUUCUUCAAAUCCGUCUUCUCCGAGGACCCCGAUCCUUCAGGAACCGAAUCGGAGUCCGAUUCACCAAAACACAGCGAAGAGCACGAGAAUCCGGAGCAAUCUGACCAAUCUGACCCUAACGACGACGGCGGAUGGAGCUUCGGGGGUCUGAUGAAGACCAUAGCCACCAGAUCCGAAUCCGUGAUCGAAACCUACCGACGAGAUCUCGAAGAAUUCGGGACAGGUUUGAAAAAGGAGAUUGAAGUGGCGCAGGGAUCGCUUGGCACCGUGGGACAUGCCAUUGACGAGCUUGGGAACACCGUGCUAAAAGGUACGGCUGAGAUCAUUGCUCAAGGUAAGGAAGCCAUCUUAGCUGCUGGUAACGAAUCUGAUUCUUCUGAUAACAAUAGCAGUAGCAGUGUUGGUCGUCGUGAUAGCUUUAGCUCGAAACCCUACAGUCGUUUCGAUGCUCAGGUUCGUGUUGUUCAAGGCGAUCUCAACACUUACUGUGAAGAGCCUGAGGAUACAGAUGAUUACAAAAAGUGGGAAUCUGAGUUUUCUCUGGAUGAAAAAGCUGAGGAGAUGGAGAAGUUGUUGGAGGAAAAUGGAGGAGAUAUGAAAGGAGUGUAUAAAAGGAUUGUCCCCAGUACGGUGGAUCAUGAGACCUUUUGGUUUAGGUAUUUCUACAAGGUUCAUAAGCUCAAGCAAGCUGAAGACUUGAGGGCUAAUCUUGUGAAACGAGCAAUCUCUCUGGAUGAUGAAGAAGAAUUGAGCUGGGAUAUUGAUGAUGAAGAGGAGACCAGCGAGAAAGUUACUGAAGCUACCAAAGAAGUCUCGAGAUUGAAACUUCCGGGGAAUGAUGAUACGGGCAGUGGAGAUGUGAGCGAGACUGUGGCAGAUUCAGUGACAAGUGCAGAUUCAGUAACUGAAGAGAGCGUGAAAGAGGAAGUGACAAGUGCAGAUUCCGUCACUGAAAAGAGUGUGAAAGAUGAAGCAACAAGUGCAGAUUCCGUGAUUGAGGUUGGCAAUAUCGGUUUGAAGACAGAUACAGAUUCUGAGGAGAAGAAGGAAGCUGGUAUUGAGGAAGUUCUUGACUCAAAAACAGUUGUUGAUGCUGCUGCUGCUUCUGCAUCCGGUGAGGCUCAAAUUGAAGAUUCUGUCAAACCCGAGGCUGUUCAAGAAUCUGAUAAGGCUGCUCCAUCCCAAGACUCAGCUAAACCAGAUGGUGGUGCUUCUUCAUCAACUCAACAACCAUCGGAAGAGGAUUUGGGAUGGGACGAGAUUGAGGAUAUGAGUAGCAUCGAUGCUAAGGAAGCGAUUCGCUCCAGUGGUAGUCCAAACGUAGCUGAACUGCGUAAACGUCUGAGUGCUGCGGAGGAAGAUGAAGACUUAAGUUGGGACAUUGAAGAUGACGACGAAGAACCAUCAUCAUCAUCCAAAGCUUAA